CCACACAGAAUGAGGGGAAACCCAGAAAUCCGAUGGGCUCCGCAUCAGCGUCUCCCGAAAUGGAGGUGAAACCCGAAGAACAAAACGCCUGGGGCGCGAAAGCGUGGGCCCACCUCAGGUCCGUCCGGGAACAAUCGCCGUUGAUACAGUGCAUCACGAACUUCGUCUCCAUGGAUAUCAUGGCCAACACUCUUCUCUCCGCCGGUGCAUCGCCGGCCAUGAUUCACUCAGUACACGAAAUCCCUGACUUCACCCCUCAGGUCUCGGCGCUCUGCGUCAACUUGGGUACGCUCUCUGAUGACUGGAUACCGGCGAUGAAGACCGCCGCCGAGUUGGCUUCCAAGUUGGGGACACCCUGGGUGCUUGACCCCGUCGCUGCCGGCGCUUCCAGUUUCCGGUUGAAAACCUGCUUAGAGAUGGUGGCGCUUAGGCCUACUGUUAUUAGAGGAAACGCUUCCGAGAUCAUCGCCGUGUCUCGUGCUUCUCUAGGAUCGUCGAAGGGCGUAGACAGCUCCCACGAGUCAUUGGACGCAGUGGAAGCCGCCAAGGCCCUUGCUCGGUCCAGUGGUUCGAUAGUGGCUGUGUCAGGCGCCGUGGACGUGGUGACUGAUGGGCAGCGAGUUAUUGGUGCUUGCAAUGGGGUGGCCAUGAUGCAGAAGAUCACUGCAACAGGAUGCGCAGUCACUGCCCUGAUAGCUGCUUUCGUUGCUGUCGACCCAUCACAUGCUUUAGAAGCCACGGCCUCUGCAUUUUCCAUUUUUGGUGUUGCUGGUGAGAUUGGCAUGGAAUUGGCUAAAGGUCCAGCUUCGUUGCGGGUGCAGUUGAUUGAUUCCCUGUUUGGGCUCGAUCAAGCUUCUCUGCUUUCCCGCGUUAAAGUCACAAACUUGGAUAGUACUCAAGGAGCUGGGUGAAUGGUAUGUUGCAAACUUGCAAUUCUAUUUUACGAUUUUUGGUAAAGGAAUCCCUUUUAUGGGAUUGAAUCCUUUAGCAUAUGUUGUCAUUUGCUUCAUAGAUUAUUAGACUCAUGGGUGGAGCGAACACUGAGAUAAUUGGCCACAUAAAAUAGAGGAUAAAUAAUUUG